AUGGACAUAAAACUAAAAAAUUCUGAAUUCUGGUACAGUCUCCAUGGCCAGGUCCCAGGGCUGCUGGACUGGGACAUGGGGAAUGAGUUCUUCUUGCCCUGCACCACAGACCAGUGCCACUUAGCUGAGCAGAACCUUGCCAAAUAUAGACUCCGAGUAAUGGAACCCCCAAAUAUGUCUCAAGACAGCAGACCCAGUUUGGACAAAGAUGGUCCUGACUCUGAACCUAACCUGUGGAUGUGGGUAAAUCCCAACAUCACAUGCCCCCUUGGCAGCCAGGAGACCCUAAAGCCUAGUAAGGAAAAGGAUGUGACAAGCAUGUUUCCUUACCCUCAGCCACUCCCAAAGGAAGAAAAGUCUAACUACUCAAAGGCUGCAGUGAUGGAGUCACUGCCAACUUCCUCCAGCAAGAAAUCUUCCCCACAGAAGUGGUUCACUUAUUCCCCAGGUGACUGGGAGUUCACAGAAGAAAAAACUGAGGAACAAGAUGACAAAUGCUCUGUGUCUCUUCAAUCUCCUAACAAAGGGGAGUGCUUCCAGAACCAGAAGUUAUGGCAAGGCAACAGCCAGGAGAGGAGGUCCUGGCCCCGCCCUCCCCUCAAUUACAGUCACCUAAUAGCCCUGGCAUUAAGAAACAGCCCCCCCUGUGGCCUCAAUGUGCAAGAGAUUUACAAUUUCACCCGACACCAUUUCCCUUUUUUUUGGACAGCUCCAAAUGGCUGGAAAAACACCAUCCGCCACAACCUCUGUUUCCUGAGCAGCUUUGAGAAGGCACCAGUCAACCUUCAGAAUGGAACCAAUGCAAAGCCACGGUCUUGCCUCUGGCGGCUUACUGAGGAGGGACAUCGUCGUUUUCAGGAAGAAACUCGUGCCUUAGCCUAUGCUCGGAGGGAAAGCAUCCAACAGUGCAUGAGCCAGCCAGAUGUGAUUACUUCCCUCUUUGGCCUUUGAACUACCACUUCUCCCUUUUUGGAACACUGCCCUCCUUACUGUGUCCACCAUUGUUGUGAUUGGCCUUCAUUAAUCCCUAAGCCUACCCUACCUGGUAGGUGACAAGACUGUUUAACUGCAGCUACAGGAAUAGUAUCAAAUAAACUGAGAGGUGGGUACACAGGAAGCAGAGCUUAAAUCCAGGUGGAGAAUAAUGGAAAGUUGCAUGAGGACAUUGGCAGUUGUUAUACAUUUCAAGCAGAAGCAGGAAAUCUUAGGAAUAAUAGCAUGGAAGUUAAGAAGAGAGGACAUAUUUCACAAGAAAAGAAAAGGAAUUCUGUUUACUGGAGUGUAUACUCACAUAUAAAUGCAAAUAGUGGAGUACAAAACAUAAAAUGUAAGAUUGAACCAGGCCUUGAAGAGCCUCAAAUGUCAUGUGAAGGUAUCUGUGCAUAAAAAGAAAUAGACAUGGGGUUUGAAGCCUAGAGGUUCAAGUAUCUCUCUUUCACCAUUCAUCAGAUAUAUCUCUUUUUUUAAUGACUGAUGUUAUCCUUCCGGGCUUCACUUUUCUCUUCCUGACCCUGGACUUCUCAGCCUUGUUCAGUUACCAACCAAUUCCAGUACUGACAAAUAAUUCCAAGCAGUACUUGUAAUUUGUACAUUGAAAGCCCUUGAAUUGAG